UCUAAAGUUCAACGUGACCACAUGCUGUCCGCUGUGCAUGCGUAAAAGCUGCGGCUGGUCUCCAUUCAGUAGAGAAAGCUGUGACAUCCAGUUCCAGCUCCCAAAACAAUGAAUUGCAAAGCAGUCACGUGGCCGACACUAUGUAUUGUUUUGUUGCCUUUUUUCCAUGAAGAAAUCAGGCAUCAUCUUCAUUUCUGCACCCAGCUUCUUGCCGUUGUCAUAUCGUGGUGUCUCUGCAGCUCCCUGGCAUCAGCACGCUUCUCACGCUGUAAUUUAGCUUCAAACGAGUGAGUGAACUGCGACUGGAGUGGAGCACAACCAGCCAAUCGCCCCACAGAGUGGGACUGCCGUGGCCCUUCCUCCUUCAGAGGCCUCCAAUCAGUCAGUCUGGAGUAGGAGGAGCGGCGGUUGCAGGGGAAAAUCGAUGUGCCCGCACGCUGAGCUGAAAUUAAGUUUUUUGAAUGCUUAGCUUUUCCUGAGCUGGUUUUAGGUUGCUCAACAGGUCUGUCAGUAUCUGUCUGCCACACACACACACAGAGGGACACCAUGUCUGCUGCAAGCCCGAAUUCACUCUUUGGGAUGGGAAACCCUCUCCUGGACAUCACUGCUGUAGUGGACAAAGACAUCCUGGACAAGUACGCUCUGAAACCCAACGAUGUGAUCCUGGCUGAGGACAAACACAAAGCCCUAUUUGAGGAACUUGUGAAGAAGUUCAAAGUUGAGUACCACGCUGGAGGAGCCACACAGAACUCUAUCAGGGUCGCUCAGUGGAUGAUCCAAGAACCCCAUAAUGUGGGCACGUUCUUCGGCUGCAUUGGCAAAGACAAGUUUGGAGAGAUCCUGAAGCAGAAGGCUGAGGAGGCCCACAUCGACGCCCACUACUAUGAGCAAGAUGAAGAGCCCACAGGGACAUGUGCUGCUUGCAUCACCGGAACUAACAGGUCUCUGGUUGCUAACCUAGCCGCUGCUAACUGCUAUAAGAAGGAUAAACAUCUAGACCUGGAAGAAAACUGGAAGCUUGUAGAAAAGGCUAAAGUCUACUAUAUUGCUGGUUUCUUCCUGACUGUCUCUUUGGAGUCCAUGCUGAAAGUGGCAAAGCACGCCUCUGAAAAUAACAAGCUGUUUUGCCUGAACCUCUCUGCGCCCUUCAUCUCCCAGUUCUUCAAGGACAACCUCAUGCAGGUUAUGCCCUACGUCGAUGUGCUGUUCGGCAAUGAGACAGAAGCAGCUGCUUUUGCGAAAGAGCAGGACUUUAAGACCAAAGACAUAAAGGAAAUUGCCAAGAAAGCCCAGGCUUUACCCAAAGUCAACACAGAGAGGAAGAGGAUUGUGGUUUUGACCCAGGGGAAGGAGGAAACUGUUAUGGCCCACAGUGACAAGAUCGACACUUUCCCGGUACUGGAGAUCGACCCCAAGGACAUCGUUGACACAAACGGUGCAGGCGAUGCCUUUGUAGGAGGUUUCCUGUCUGAACUUGUCCAAGAGAAACCUCUGGAUCAGUGUGUAAAGGCGGCACACUACAGUGCCAACGUCAUCAUCAGGCGAGGAGGCUGCACCUUCCCAGAAAAACCCGACUUCAAUUGAGGAUUCCUGAAGGACUUUUUCUUCUGCCUGAAACCUCACACUCACUCUGCCUUCUUAACUCUGACCCAAAAACAGCUGUUUUAAAAAAAAAAAAAAUUCAAAAUCAGCCACCCGUCCAGGUUAUUUCUUUUUUUGAUAAUUUCUUAAUAAUUGAGUGUUUGGUGCUUCCUGAUCUGUGUCCGUGUCCAUGUUCUCCACUUGGGGCCACUAGAGGAUUGUGCAGCCAAGUAUUAAGGGGAAUUCUGUGUUUUCUGUAAAUUACCGUCAAGGAAACACGGUAACAGGGAAAUAUAAUAAUUGUGCUUCACACAAGGGAACCAAAUGAACAAUAAACAAUAGUUUUGGGAUGUUUUCUAAAUGUAUUUUGGCUUCGACACUUCCAGCAUCAGGGCUGCACGGUAGAGUAGUGGUUAGCACUUUUGCCUUGCAGCAAGAAGAUACCUGGUUCAAAUCCCAGCCUGGGAUCUUUCUGCAUGGAGUUUGCAUGUUCUCCCUGUGCAUUCCUCCCACAGUCCAAAAAUAUGCUGAGGUUAAUUGAUUACUCUAAAUUGCCUGUAGGUGUGAAUAAGGGUGUGAUUGAUUGUCUGUAUAUGUAGCCCUGUGACAGACUGGUGACCUGUCCAGGGUGUCCCCUGCCUUCGCCCGAAUCAGCUGGGAUAGGCUCCAGCACCCUAGUGAGGAUGAAGCGGUGUAUAGAGAAUGGAUGGACUUCCAGCAUCAGACUUUGCUGCUAGCACUCGUCUUGACAUCUCACGAGUUUGCCUCUUCUCCUUGGAGACAGAAUCUAAGCACAAAAGCCUUUUCCAACAGGACACAUUACAGUCAGAGGACUAAAGAAUAAAACACUGCUGUCAAGGGAGGCUUUGGGUAUGGCACUGAAAUGUGCAGUAGUGGUUUGUUUUGUGACUUGAGUAUUGUUUAGAUUUAAUUGAACAGGCCAGUUGUAAAACCGAAUGGUUUUUAGGUGCACACUUUUAAAAUGUGUCAAAUCCUCUGCCCACUGAGUCCUGUGAGAACUGUUAAAUGCUCACUUUGCUUGAUGCUCAUGAGUUACUCUGUUUUGUUCAGGCUGUUUGUGAGGAGCCGCGACAAGCAGUGAGUACCUUUUUCUCAUCCUCUUAAUACAUUAUGUGUUUUUCAGACUUGAUGCACAGAGGUGUACAUAUGUUAAGUCAACCUGCGUUUUUCCGUGCAUGAAAACUUGAAAGCUUGAUCAGUGAUGGGUAGCUGGUGGCUCACGGUGGUGUAAACGGACACACUACGUUUCUAAAAUGCACGUAAAGCAUGUUGGAAAGACUAUCUGUGGGAAUUCUCUGUCUGAGGAAUACGGUGGAUAUUACAACAUACCCUUCUCUAUUGUUUAUUUUUUACUGGAAUUAGUGGGUGUAAUAAUCUAAACCUAACUAUGGGACUGUUAGCUUUGUUGGAUCAGAUAUGAAUGAAACGGAAAUAUGCAUUUUAAUCUACUCCGAUAAUAUUUUACAACUUGACAACUGCUAUAAAUGGAAGAUGCGCCAGAAAUUACAAACAUAAGCUAACUGUGAUAUGGGGCCAAACAUUUUAAAGCAUAUUUGCAUGAGUUUGUGUUAUGUUGUGUGACAUGGAAUACUUGAACAUAAUCCUGAAUACAGACAGGCAUUCAUUAAAAUGCAAGAAGUACGUGCAAUUUUCUUAAUAUUGCAGCUGGUGUUUUACAACUUGUGCGUCUGCUAGUACUAGUACACCGUGUCCCUCCAUUUAAAUGGCUGUUUGACAGAUUCAGAUGCACCAAAAAGCCUUAUGAGACCUAUUCCUGGUCUCAGUAACCCGCCAGGCACCCAACUUUGUGGUCGACUUUGAUGACUGAAACUGACAAAUAAAACACGUCAUGUUGUUAAUCUUU